UGUGUGUUGACAUGAAAGUGAGGGUAAGGAUCAAGAUGUCGGCGGCGAGAACAACCAGCAGGAAACCACUUUGGCGUUUUUAACUAAGGACCGACGAGUGUGAGACGCGUCCUCAUCCGCCACAUUCCACACAGUUCUUUCCUGGUCUAGCUGGCCAAUGCCGGCCCCGUCGUGGACGUCUGGCGGCGGUCACAGCAGUAAUCGCGUGAGAGCGGUGCCCGCCGCCUAGCCCAUGAUGCCGUCAUCCACACGGAAAGGCGUGCCAAAGGACCCCGAGCUGGCCGAGCUCUUCUUCAAGGAUGACCCCGAGGAAGUCUUCUGCGACCUGCACGAGAUCGGACAUGGCAGCUUCGGGGCCGUCUACUUUGCCCGUAACUCUUAUUCCAACGAGGUGGUGGCCAUCAAGAAGAUGUCCUACCAUGGCAAGCAGACUACUGAGAAGUGGCAGGACAUUAUUAAGGAGGUCAAGUUUUUGGGACAGCUGCGGCACCCAAACACCAUCGAGUACAAAGGGUGCUACCUGAAGGACAACACUGCCUGGCUGGUGAUGGAAUAUUGUUUGGGUUCUGCAUCAGACUUACUCGAAGUUCACAAGAAGCCACUCCAAGAGGUGGAAAUCGCUGCCAUUACCCAUGGUGCCUUGCUGGGACUCGCUUACCUUCAUUCCCAUAAUAUGAUUCACAGAGACGUGAAAGCCGGAAACAUCCUGCUGACCGAGCUGGGACAGGUCAAACUGGCCGACUUUGGCUCCGCCUCCAUUGCCUCACCCGCCAACUCCUUUGUGGGGACACCUUACUGGAUGGCCCCAGAAGUGAUAUUAGCCAUGGACGAGGGUCAGUACGAGGGGAAGGUGGACAUCUGGUCCCUGGGGAUCACCUGUAUCGAAUUAGCGGAACGUAAACCGCCCUUGUUCAACAUGAACGCCAUGAGUGCCUUAUAUCACAUCGCACAGAACGACUCCCCCACUCUGCAGUCCAAUGAGUGGUCCGACCCUUUCCGAAGCUUUGUGGACUACUGCCUACAGAAAUUUCCUCAGGACAGACCCUCGUCAGGGGAGCUGCUAAGACAUGAUUUUGUGCGGCGGGAGCGCUCGCCGAGGAUUCUCAUGGACCUGAUCCAGAGGACCAAGGAUGCGGUGCGCGAGCUGGACAACCUGCAGUACCGCAAGAUGAAGAAGAUCCUCUACCAGGAGAAGCACAACGGACCCAUGGGGGAGAGCCAGGAGGACGAGGAGGACAGCGAGGCGGCCAGCUGCAAGAUGAACAGCCUGGGCAGCAACCACUCGGUGCCCAGCACAUCGGUCAGCACGGGCAGCCAGAGCAGCAGCGUCAACAGCAUGCAGGAGGUGCUGGACGACAGCUGCUCCGACAUGACCAUGAUGCACCCCCAGGACUACGGCAGCACCCUGGAUUCAUCGCCGCAGGCCAAGAAGGACCACCAGUACAACUGGGACGAGGGCAUCCACCGGGACCACCGGCUGACCUCCUUGGACAAGAGCAGCCAGGCGCAGAGCUACAAGAACCAGGGCCGCUUUGCCACCAUCAAGUCCGCAUCCCUGGUGACCAAGCAGAUCCAUGAGCACGAGCAGGAGAGCGAGCUGCGCGAGCAGAUGUCGGGCUACAAGCGCAUGCGGCGGCAGCACCAGAAGCAGCUGAUCGCCCUGGAGAACAAACUGAAGGCCGAGAUGGACGAGCACCGCCUGAAGCUGCAGAAGGAGGUGGAGACGCAGGCCAACAACGCCUACAUCGAGCUGGAGAAGCUGGCCAAGCGCCACGCCGUGCACAGCGACAAGGAGGUGGGACACACCUUAUUUACCCUGACAAAUAGAAGGAGAGGAAAGUACAGUUUGUCUAAAUGUCAGUCCAUAGUGGAUCUAACAUAA